GUCGUUUUCAUCAACUAGGAAGUAAAUUCGUUCUGUGCUACCGUUAGUGAUGUGAAUGGGUGGUGUGUGCAGGCUCUAACGGAGACCGGACGAAUUAAACUGGCUAUUUAACACGUUAUAAGUAGCGAUGUCUCCUGAUGAGCUGGUGUACUUGGGAGUUCUCGCUGUCUCCAUCCCUGUUGGAUUCCUCUUCCGUUACCUCAGUCCUCCUGUGAAGCAGGGGGCAGCUCUUCUUCUGGGCCUGUCCAUCACCAUCGCCACCUGUCACAUCCACACACUCCACUCUCUGGUGACGGUGAUUGGAACAUGGAUUAUUAUAAAGAGCAGCUGGCGGCAUGCCCCAGCACUGACUCUCAGCUGGACCUUUCUCUACCUCCUCUUCUUCCGGCUGGUCACGUGGUUCGGUCUGCCACCACCGACACCUUUUGCCAAUGCCGUCCAGCUACUUCUCACUCUCAAGAUGGUGAGUCUAGCCAAUGAGGUGCAAAGCUUCCACAUAGAGAAGAAAAAGGAAGUGAGCUCUUUUGCCAAGUCUCCUGUCAUUGGGGGUCUGUGUCAGGAGCCCUCUGUCUACGAUGUUCUGUCCUAUAGCUACUGUUAUGUCGGUAUAAUGACCGGCCCGUUCUUUCGCUUCCAAACAUACGUUGACUGGCUGAAGCAGCCGAGCCCACAGGCCCUGCCUGGCUUGGUGCCGUGCCUGGAGCGCUUGAAGCUGGUUCCCGUCUACGGCGCUCUGUUCCUGGCUGUCAACUCUGUCUUUCCGCUGGCCUACGUUCGCACAGAGGAGUUCGUGGAUGAAAACUUUUUCUUUCGGUUGAUCUACAUGAUAGCAGUAUUCUUCGUGUUUAGGAUGCGUUUCUAUGCAGCCUGGUGUGGAGCUGAGGCUGGCUGUAUCAGUGCCGGUCUGGGCUGCUAUCCAGAGAAGGCUCUGUGCAAACCUGGAGGAGGACCCACUGUCGACUACAGUCCUGAUCCUACCACUGAAGAGAAAUACGACUUCAGAACCAUCCAGAACAUCGACUGCUACAACACUGACUUCUGUGUGAAGGUCCGACAUGGCAUGCGCUACUGGAACAUGACGGUGCAGUGGUGGCUGCAUCACUACAUCUACCCCAAUUCCCCCUUCAAAGCCUACACUCUCAGGGCUGGCUGGACCAUGCUCAUCAGUGCCUACUGGCACGGACUGCACGCUGGCUACUACCUCUCCUUCCUCACCAUCCCUCUGUGCAUCGCUGCCGAGUCCGCCAUGGAGGCCUCUGUCCGAGCUAAGCUGGGUCCUCGUGGACAGAAUAUCUUCGACUGGGUUCACUGGUUCCUGAAGAUGAGGGCCUACGACUACAUGUGCAUGGGCUUCGUGCUGCUGAAGGCCUCUGACACCAUCAACUACUGGACGUCCAUCUACUUUAUCAUGCACAUACUCGCCGUUUGCUGCAUAGUAAUCGGCAGGGUACUGAAGGGAGGGAAAAGGGAAGGGAGGAGAGGCGACAAGGAGGAGAAAAGAGAGGAAGAGAAGACGGAGAACAUGAAAGAGAAAACUGGAGAAAAAACUGACUGAAUGGAGGUACGGAAAAGAACUGGUCAGAUACUCUUUUGGAACAUGAGGACGAGUUACUUCAAGACCAGAUUUUCCAACACUGAUCUCUAAUCUUUGUCGCAACAAACAGGUCCAAUAAGAGUUCUUGUGGGAAAAUGUAAAAGUUAAACACGAUCUAAUUAACAAUUCUGUAAAUCAGACAAAAAUAUGAAAUAUAAAAUACAGUUAAAACGGACUCGUACGUGUACAUAAAAGUACUGUGAACACCGGGGGAGGAAUGUUUGAGCUCAGUGAAUGUCACUUUUAUAGUGUGAUUGGCAACUGGGGUGUAAGAAGUCUCUGCGUCUGCCUGUACAGUAUGUGUGCUUUUAUCUCAAGACAGUAUGCCCAGUUUUAGUUGUUUAAGUGAACUACAUCACGUCAAGAGGCUGCUUUAGAAGCAGGUAGCAGGGCGGGUCAACAAUAAACCCUCAUAAUGAUCUCAUCAAUCAUAAAAAGAGAAGCACACUGAAUGUGACUGAAUUGACACACCACGAGUUCCCAUAAGCAACAAAGCAGAAGCCCUUAGUAUUAUGUUUCAGGAUGCUCAUACUGGAAUACAGAAUGAAUAGAUUGUGAUGGGAAAACAUCAUGAGGGUGUCAGCUGUCUUGAUAACACCAGUCCCAUGUUUGUGUGAGCGGUUCCGCAUUUAUUUAUUUUCACAGAACAAAGUCAUUCUGCUGCCAAUUAGCAUCUUAAAUCUGCACCUUGCUUCUUUUUGACUACAAGGAUUGGUCUAAAUAUUUCUGUUUUUGUGAUAGUUAAAUAUAAAGAUUGCACUGUAAAACUAAACGUGUAGCACUUAGCAGACGUUAUUUCUGUAAGGCAGAAUCACAAGCAUCAUGCAUGGUGCAUGCUGAAAUUCAGACUGGUUUACGUUUAAAUGAGCAAAACGAGGUGCUGCCUAAUUGCAUUCUUUAAUUGGUUUAGAAGUAGUUUCAAAUAACCUCAAGUACUUGCAGCAUUAUAACAUUCCUCAUUUUAUUUGAACAUUUCUGUGUUUACUCUCUCAAAUCCAAAAUGUUCCUCUCUUUUGAACAUUGUUUCUUUUCUCCUUACGUUUGUUCUGCCUGUAUGCAACUCAGAUCACAUCAGGAACAUUAAGCACUGACAUCUCGUCUGUUGUAUAUGUGAACGAUAUCACUGCCAAAAUGUCUGUACUGCCAUCAUGGGCCAUUCAGGGUUGGGACCAAACAUUUGAUACAAACAGUCAGAAGUUUCACAUCGUAACUACAAGCUGCCAACAUUAAGUCAUGAAUAACAGCACAGCUGGAGCUGGACGAUACGGCUGAAAUCAUUGUCACCAUGUUGAUUAUUUUCCAGUACAAAUGUAUUGUGAUAUAUGUCACGGUAUGAAAAAUGGUUAACACUUUAUUUUAAUGUUCACAUAUUCAUUACCUAGUUGCUUCUUAGCAUGCAUAUUUGGAGCACAUUGGUUCUUCAUCAGUCAUUAUAAAGCAUUUGAUGCCUUUUUCUGCAUGACUGUAUUCUUCAUAUGUUAGCCUAAAGAGCUUUCCCUCAAUUAGUGCUUGUUGAUAGUAAGUAAGGAAUUUGUUUUACAUGAAUUAUGAGCUUAAUAACCUAACCCUAACCUGCAGAAUAAGGCUUUGGUAAGUGCUUUAUAAUGACUAAUUAAGAGCCAAUAUGCUAAUAGUAUGCAUGCUAAAAUGCAGCUAGUUGAUAGUGAAUAUAUACGACGUCAUAUAUGAAAUAAUCAAACUGAUGUUCAAAGUAAUAAAAUGUCCCAAUGUUAACGUAUGUAUAAUGUGUGACCUAAUAUACAUGCAAUAUGUGUAAAACAAGAACCUCAAUAAUGAUUUUUGUUGUUUUUAAACCUUUAUUCAGACAGCAGAACUGUUUGGAAGGAUCACAUUAUAUGAUCAGAUCUCCACAAUACGCUUCUGACUGAAUGCUGAUAAGUGAUAACAUUGAGUUAUCGUCCAGUCCUGGGCACAGUAAACCGAGUAUUAGUUGGAAAAUGUGUGGAGAAUUUGCUCACUCAUCCACUGUAUCUGCCCCAUAAGAGUGAGACUGACAGCAGCAUUAACAGGUCUUAUCUCCCAUUGUGUUUUAUUCUCCAAAUGCUACUUGGAAAUGCGCUAAUUUGAAUCACAAAUUGAUUUUGUGUUAUGCCUCUACUGUUUACCCUCUCUGUGCCAAAGCUCAACCCUUUGGUUCCUCUUUUUUUUUCUGCACAGUGAUGAUUGUGAUGGUCCCAGUCCUUCUGUUGCCCGCUCGUCUCCGGAGUAUUUAUUUUUCAGCCUUUUGUCUGUGUUUGCCUGCACACACUGCACGCACUCCCUGCCUGUAACAGUGUUGUUUGUGGAAUAUAUACCAGCAUUUCCUCAUCAAUGUUACUCACUUGCCUUUUCCUUUUUUUUAAGUCUUCUUAAAGUCUUAAUUUUGAGGCUCAUAAUUACUUUGUGUAAGUCAUUAAGAUGAAGCCUAUAAAAAAAGGCUUUUAUACAUCACAUUUUUUCAGUUGUCAGACUGGGAAAUCAUUAACUUUUUGGCAGUAGUGAGCACAAACACUCCUGCUGAGUUAGGUCACAACAGUGUGUUUCAGUUGAGUUAAAAGCCUGUACAUGUGUGUAGUGAACUACACCCCUUUGAUAAAACAAAUGUGUUGUGGCUUGUGAAUUCAUAUUAACUUGUACACUUUUAUAUGCUUUAUAAUUUGUUCCUUUUACUGCCCAAUUAAAAUUCACCAAAAUCGUUUCUCCA